AUCAGCAGUUAGUAAAUAUUUCCGGCCGUAGAACCAGCGGUAUUUUGUAGUGUACGAUUUAAUAACGUAUGUUUAAGGCUUUUAACUUCAAUAAUGCCGUAUGCUAACCAGCCGACGGUGAAAAUCACAGAACUGACAGACGAAAAUGUCAAAUUUGUCAUUGAAAACACAGAUUUGGCGGUCGCAAACUCUAUCCGCCGUGUCUUCAUGUCCGAGGUUGCUACGAUAGCGAUUGACUGGAUCCAGAUUGAUGCUAAUUCAUCAGUACUGCACGACGAGUUCAUCGCACACAGAGUGGGUCUGAUUCCUCUCACAAGUGAUGACAUCGUUGAGAAAAUGCAGUAUUCCAGGGACUGCACCUGUGAUGAUUUCUGUCCCGAGUGCUCUGUGGAGUUGACAAUGGAUGUCCGAUGCACUGAAGACCAGACGCGUCAUGUCACCUCACGAGACCUUUUGUCCAAUAAUCCCAGAGUGAUCCCGGUGACUUCCAGGAGUCGAGACAAUGAUCCCAAUGACUAUGUGGAACAAGAUGACAUUAUACUGGUGAAGCUCCGUAAAGGUCAGGAGGUGCGGCUCAGGGCGUACGCAAAGAAAGGCUUCGGUAAGGAGCACGCCAAGUGGAACCCCACAGCGGGGGUGUCCUUCGAGUACGACCCCGACAACUCACUGAGGCACACAGUGUUCCCCCGGCCUGAGGAGUGGCCAAAGAGUGAAUACUCAGAGAUUGAGGAGGAUGAGGUGCAGGCUCCCUAUGACCCCAAUGGGAAGCCAGAGAGAUUCUUCUACAACGUGGAGUCGUGCGGCUCUCUGCGGCCGGAGACCAUCGUCAUGUCGGCGCUGGCUGUCCUGAAGAAGAAGCUGAGCGAUCUGCAGACUCAGCUGAGCCACGAGAUCCAGAGUGACGUGCUCACCAUCAACUGAGGGCCCCCUGAGGGCCCCUCCCUCACAGAGAAGACCUGCAUUCACACAGCUAUAUAAUAAACGGAGGGCGGAUUCAGUGCUGUUCAGGUCACAUGUUCUUGGAUCUGUAUGUUAUCAAGGAAUAUGAGGACAUGUAUUCCUGAAAGCAGAGAUUGGAGCUUCUUCUGUCAAAGCAUCCGAUGCAUGGUCCGUGUCUGUCAGGGAGUUUGUGUCACAAUGAUACAAAUGUGAUUUUGUUGUUGACAGUGUUACACUGUCCGAUUAUGAUUUUGAUAAAUGUUAUGUUAUGGUGUACUAAUUGUUGCUUUAUUGUACGUUUUUUUUGUUUUUCACAAAUGCAAAUGUUCAAACACCUGGAUAAUCGAAAAACAAUCCUAUAAGCUUCUUAACAAGAGAAAAACGAUACGUUUAAUGUUAAACCGUUUGCAAAAGAAAAAAUUACAUUUAUUCUUUGGACAUUAAUUGUAUUUUCAAAUGUUAUUGUGCUGUAUAGUCUGGUCGAUUGAGGAUCUAAACAAAAGAAAAAUAGCCAGCCAUAAAAAUUAUGUCUUUAUGCUUAUUACCAUCCUAUCAAAGCUGUAUAGUGACUUUUGGGUUCAUGGAAGCUGGGACUGCACUUUGUUGGUAACUUCCAAGGUAUAUAAAUCUCUUCUAAUUUUUGUCAAAUGGCAACUAUGGCAAGAGUAAUAGUGAAGGAGGGAUAAGCUAUAGAACCAAUUUAUGUUGAGUUGUGAAGUAAGCUUAAAGAAAUGCCAUGAAGAGAUAAAUGUUAACAUAGGCGCCAUUAUUAGCUGUAGAUGUUUUGUUAUGUUGGGAAAGAGUACAUUAGCCCUUCACAUAGACCCAAUGGGAUUUGAUAAAUUGCUGGUUUUAUUUAAAGUUACAGCAUUAUGUCAUUUAGGUUGAGUGCACUCGAAGAGCACCUUAAGCACACAUUUAUGCCGUAACACUGCAUGUACCAAACCCCACACCACCACAGACAGAAGGUAAAUAAAUAAAGACACAUUUUAGAAAUAAAUGUUAA